AUGCUUCCCGAUCUACCCAAACUAAGUGACUAUGAUGUGUCGGUCCGAAACGGCUUCUUGCCUGACGAGGUGCCGCUCGACGUGCUGCCAGACCGGUACUAUCAGCCUUGGGAGACGGUCGUGCGCAACUUCCAGAGCCUGAUACUGGCCAAGCGUCUACGCAGGAUCGUCGAUACACUGCCUGUGCUGGGGACUGAACUUCUCCUCACUGAAGCUGAGUGGCGGCGAGCGUAUUCGGUCCUGGGAUUCAUUGCGCAUGCAUACAUCUGGGGAGGUGACAAGCCAGCAGAUAUUGUACCGCCAUCCAUCUCGAUACCGUUUCUGCAAACAUGCAGUCACCUGGAACUGCCGCCGGUUGCGACAUUUGCAGCCGUUUGUCUGUGGAACUGGCGGCCUUUGUUUGACGGCGAGCCUGCAGACUCUCUGGACAAUCUGGCGACACAGAUGACUUUUACUGGUUCGCUGGACGAAUCGUGGUUCUACCUAGUUUCAGUGGCCAUUGAGGCGAGAGCCGGCCCAGUCAUUCCCAUGAUGAUUGAAGCCAUCGCAGCAGCUCGGCGCAACGACAGCAACACCGUAGUGCAGUGCCUGAGGUCUUUUUCAGAGCGGCUGGACGAGAUAGGCUCACUUCUGGAGCGCAUGUACGAGAGCUGUGAUCCUCACGUCUUCUACCACCGUAUUCGACCGUUCCUAGCGGGAAGCAAGAACAUGGCCGACGCCGGCCUUCCCAACGGAGUCAUGUUUGACGAUGGGUCCGGUCAGCAGGACUACGUGCAGUUUAGUGGGGGCAGUAACGCGCAGAGCUCCAUUAUUCAGUUCUUUGAUGUAGUCCUAGGCGUCGAGCACCGACCGACCGGUGAGAAGCGAACUGAGUCAGGUAACUUAGCGCCAACUGGACCUUCUCAUGGCUUCAUCCAGGACAUGCGCAACUACAUGCCGGGACCCCAUCGCCGGUUCCUCGAGCACAUGGAGAGCGUCGCCAAUAUCCGGGAAUACGUCACAUCGAAUCGGAGGAAUCGUGCUUUGACAACAGCCUAUGAUGCGUGUUUGGCUAUGCUGCGGACCCUGCGAGACAAGCAUAUUCAACUCGUCUCCCGCUACAUCAUCAUCAAGUCGCGCGAGACACGAUCUCACUCUCGGUCCAUGUCGCCCAAGCAAGCGACCACUCAGCGUGUCAAUCUUGCCAACACCAUGAACCGGAGUGGCAGCAAGAAGCUGCGCGGCACGGGUGGUACGGCUUUGAUCCCCUUCCUCAAGCAGGCCAGAGACGAGACUGGCGAGCCGGCAAUCGACGCCUGGGCCAAACGCCUGCUUAACAAUGGGCCGGCCGAAAUUGGCGCGUCGUUUGGGGUUGACGAUGGUAUUGCACGGCUAGGCAAGGUGGCUGAGGGUUUCGGCGGAGAGGUAGAGGUUGUCGGUCUCGCCGGUACGUGGAGUGUUGACGACAGCGAAGGAGGCAUCUGCCACUGGUGA